AUGAUGUACUUAUGUAUGGAUUCCGUGAGCAUGAUUUACUGGACGCCUAGUGUUGUACGAACCUUCAACAUCCGCUCUGACACGAUCCGUAUGAGUUUCUAUGCGAUGAAUGUGGAAGAUAAAAGCUCGUUCCCGCCGCCGAAUAAUCGGCUUCACUUUCGAACCUUCAAGUUCCUCAUUACCCUCUUGUGGGAGAAUUUGUACAGAGUUCCUGAAGCCAUUUACGCGUCUACCGUCGACGGAGAUAAUGCCGAACCCCGGCGUGAAGAUUUUGCUGUCAACAGUCUUCCUGCGUUGCAACGAGGUGCUGUGACUUUGUCAGAAGGAGAGUUGGCUCUUCUCCUUCAUCAGCGCCGAGCGCAGCAAUUCAGACCACAACCAGAUCUGCCCAAUAACUCGUAUGGACCCGCAAUUGGAUUUCCUUCGCUGAGCAGUAUAUAUGAAACGGACGAGUUGAGUAACGGCAUAUCCGAUGGGGAUUGUCUAUCACCCGUCCGCCGAUUUUUCUGUUUAUUCGUAACGUUCGAUGUGUUGCUCUCAGCGCUCAUGUGGCUGCUUACCAUCGUCAUCACUGGUGUGAAUUUGAGAGCAGGCGCCGAGCAACAAAUCGUUCAAUAUACUAUAUACACUUCUCUCUUCGACCUGGUGUGCGUUGCAGCGGCAAGGUUUGUGUUCCUUGUGUUCACGUUCGCCCUGAUGAGAUUCAAGCAUUGGUGGCCGGUCGCUUUAACAACAACACUGAGUUGUGGAUUCUUAGUGAGCAAAGUCUUCUUCUAUUCCUGGACGCAACAUAACACAUACAUGUUCGAAGUGGUGUUCCUGUUGGUCAGCUUUAUUUUGCCGUGGGCUGAAACUUGGUUUCUUGAUUUCCGAGUCUUGCCAUUGGAAUCAAAAGCUGGAAAAUUUUUGUACGCGUGUUCUGAAUCUCGUGAGCGUCUUCUGCCAACAUUCCAGACACCAGGACAUGGUUAUCGAGGUCCUCCUGGCGGGACCGUGGCUGGUUCCAUCUAUAAUUUCUAUUCGCCCAUUGCAAGUUCUGGUGGAGGCUCAGAUCAUGGUUUGGAAGAUGAUGAUGAUCUUUCUGCCUUGCCUGGACUUCUUCCAACGAGCAAGUACAAGGAGUAUUCGUCGAAGAACAAAAGAAGUUUCACUGAUGGAGAAGAAAAUUUAAGGAAGAGAGGCAGAGAUAUCGCUGAAGAAUGUUGGAAUAUACUUUUCACCGCAGAAUGGGGCCUACAACAAAAAAUUGGAGAAGGGACUGAAUCUCAUCUGCUAUUAUAUUCUGCGAAGUACCCGAAUUAUAAGAACAAGUUUUACAAAGUCGAGACGACGCUGGAUCUGUCACCCAGAGAACUGCUGGCAGAAGUAUUUUAUAAUGCGGAGCAAGCUCCAACGUGGAAUGCUAACCUGAAAUCGACGAAAGUUCUACAGAUCAUUGACGAAUUUACUGAUAUAAUCUACCAGGUUACAAAUGACGCCGCUGGUGGCAUUGUAUCGAGUCGGGACUUCGUGGAUUUGCGGCAUUGGGUUAUUCGUGCCGGAGGUAUUUAUGUGUCCUCCGGAGCUUCCGUGGAGCAUUCAAGCAUGCCUCCGCAACCCAAAAUUGUUCGAGGCAUUAAUGGACCAAGCUGUAUCGCUCUUUUCCCUGUGGAAGGAAGGGAAGAUCAGGCCCAUCUGAAGGCCAUGGUACAAACUGAUCUGAAUGGAUGGAUUCCUCAAAGAGUCAUUGACAAAGCCUUGAGUGAUGUGAUGAUAAAAAGUGUGCAGUUUAUUAAGGGAAGAAUACCGGCUCUGAAAGAAAGGAGCAGAAAGCGUCCGUCGAAAUUUCGGCAUCUGUUCGAAACCGGUUAUUUAACGAUGUCCGUCUUGGACUACUUCCAGCGGGGAAGUACGAUAGUUAGAGACGCAUUCUGUUCUCGUUAUUCCUCCAUUGUUGGAGAGCAUCCUAAUCGUGGUGAAGGCGACCGAUCUGGGCAUGGAUUUUUAUCGCAAAAUGAAUCUAAACUUGCAACAUUUCAAAAGAUCGUGCUGUGGGAUAAUGUUCCGCUCAGUUCCAUAUUCUUAACGUGCUUCACGUUUACAUACUGGUUCCUUGCAUCGAUGAGACCACUCGGACUGUUGUUCGAGGUGCUCCUUUUGUACAACGGCCGGAUGAUUUUCAACUACUGUUGGGGAGCCAUAUCCGUAUCACCGACAUCUGAACAGCGAGAAGAUCAAAAGGAGGCGGAAGAUUGGACACUCAUGGAAAACAGUGUCCUUAGUGCACCGGAAAUACAAGUUGCACUGCAGAAACUUAAAACUGUGGGGAAGAGGUAUUUCGAAGCUUUCAAAACUUUGCGCAAGGAGCAACCGAGAAAUUAUGCUGUGAUGAUGCUUGGAACACUUUCAACUACCGCUUUCGUUGGUUCACUUGUCACGGGUCCUGUGUUCUUGUACGCUCUUUUCCUUGUCCUCUUCACCGCCCCGGGAAUGAUACACAAUUCAGUGCAAUUGAAUCGUCUCUUUUGGAGUCUUAUUUGUGGACCAGAUCCGUCGCCAGAGGCCGACAAACAUGUAGAUGAAUUCAUGUGGAAAGAAAGUCAAGAAGACCUUCGUUUACUGGAGCGGGCGGCGAACCAGUCACCGGAUGAAUCGGUAGUUCUCGAGGAAUACAUGCCUUCUUUGUUGAGACGAGCUGGUACAAAGCCUGCUGUUUCCAAAGAUAGCUCAGAAAGCGAUUCAACAAUUGAUGACAUGAUGGAAAACAUUCACAAGGAUGACUUGCCUCCGGGAGACCACGAUGACGAUGCCUCCUCCUUCGAAGAAUUCGAUCCUGGCGAGUUUCCGAGCAUGGACGCUACUGUCUCCCGUGUGGUUGCCAUUGGCGAAUCUACUCUUCAUCUCGUCCUUCGUCUUCGUGGUGGCGGUAAGAAACGCAAGAAGAAGAAUUACACGACGCCGAAGAAGAACAAGCAUAAGCAUAAGAAAGUCAAGCUUGCUGUUCUGAAGUACUACAAGGUGGAUGAGAACGGGAAGAUUCACCGUUUGCGUCGGGAAUGUCCUGGACCAGACUGCGGAGCUGGGGUUUUCAUGGCUGGCAUGUUCGAUCGCCAGUAUUGCGGGAAAUGCGGUUUAACUUACUCCACUUUGCACCUUGUUUUGCGACUUCGUGGUGGCGGAAAGAAACGCAAGAAGAAGAACUACACUACUCCGAAGAAGAACAAGCAUAAGCAUAAGAAAGUCAAAUUGGCUGUUCUGAAAUAUUACAAGGUGGAUGAAAAUGGCAAGAUCCAUCGUCUCCGUCGCGAAUGUCCUGGUGAAGAAUGUGGGGCUGGUGUCUUCAUGGCUGGCAUGUUCGAUCGCCAAUACUGUGGCAAAUGUGGCUUGACUUACGUAUUCGCCAAUCCGGCGGAAUCGUGAUUUCUGUGCUUCAGGGACUGCUCGUCCUCUCCACUCCUCGGCGAAAGCGAUGUUGAACGAUUGGGUGGAUUCAAAUAAAUGAAGCGCGGAAGAUAUCGCGGUUUUCGUCUUCUUUCACUUUUUUGCAACUUCAAUGAUGAAGCAUCUGCGCUUUCAACUCUUGUCGACACAAAUGGGGAGCUUUUAUAAAAUAACCGUCGAUUCGGUCUGACCUAUCAAAACUCCUGAUGUUUCAAAGCUCUGCAGUGUAAUACCCGUCAAGAUUCCGCUGCAACUUACGUUGGAAAACUGUUUUAUUGAACAAUCAGUUUCUUUUAAAUUUAAUCUAUCCCAUAGCGAUUGCAUGAAUUCGUAGCAAAUAUGUGAGAAGGUGCAAUUUAUGAAGUUCAACCGAACGUAAA